AUGGCAUUGUUCGAUAAAAUCUUUUCAACAAAGAGAAAACUUGAAUACGUUGAUCGAGACUCAAGAAACUGGGCUAGGUCCAGUGAAAUAACGCCGGAGCAAGUGAGACUGCUAUUAUUUAAAGAGUGUGACUGGAGAGGGAGAAAGGUUCUCUUUGAUUCAUCAACAAUAGAGAGGGUUCCUGUUAUUAAAAAUGAGAAACCAGACCUGCAAACGAAGGAUCAGCUGCCAUAUAUUGUGGAGAUGUCAAAUGGGUUUUGUUACAUGUACAAAGGGCCGGCGGCGGACGCGAACUUUCUUGGUGACAUGAUAUUCGGCGCGGUCGCUAUGAACUAUAAGACCGUUUCCCUAAAAAUUCACAUCAUGAAUGAACCUAAGAGGUUUAUGUGUACAAAAGUCUUCUGCGUCCCCACAUCUCGGCGAAUAAGUCGCGUAGAGCGCAAAACGAGUGAAGCGAACAGUGAUCAAAAUAAUAGGAACGAAUCUAAGCCUCUGAACGUGCCCGCUUUAAGAGAGGAGGGAGUUUCCUUGAGCUUUUCCAUCGAUAGAGGAGAUUCGGGUUUCUAUGGGGAGCAGUCACCAUACAGCAGCGUUGGCUCCUCAUUUGAUUACUAUUCUAUGCUUGAUGAGUGGGACGGCAGUAGUACGCAAGAUGAGCUAAGUUUUCAGUUACCGCCCGGACGUAAGCUCAGUAUAUCGAGCAGAGGAAGUUGGCAGCGCAGAACCUUCCAGAGCUUGGCGACUCGAUUCGAACUCGGCCAAAGUUCGAAUCUUUUGAACGUGCCUACAUCAAUCAGUACCGUCGCCAGCUCCGAUUCACAGUUAUACAGCAAUAGUACAACGAGCGGCACAAGUGAUAGUUUACUAAGCACAUGUUCUGCAGUGGCGCCGAGGAGAAACAAGCUGGGCCUAGCGUUGUUGGUCACUGUACCUGAUUCCACUGAUAUGAAUUUUAUACGGCGUUGCUUAGAACACUCCCCCCAGUUACAAGCACUAGUUUGUAGGUUAAGAUUGGCAACAUUGGCUGCCGGUUUGGGCGGAAACUUCGUUUCGACUUUGUACAAAGCGGGAGCUGAUGCUGCCAGAUGGUUAUCAGACCUCAUUUACGGGCCACGCCUACAGUCUGCGUGGUUAAGUCUAGUCACAAGCGAUCCGCGCUCCUCCAACAAGCAAUCCGAGUCCUUGCUGUCGGAUCUUUGCGCCGUAUUAGCAGCAGGCGACACUAAACACACAAACUUGUGA